AAUAGUUGCCGUGGGGACGAGGAUAUAAUUAUCACAACGACACAACAGAUCAUUAAUAAUUAUGUUGCGAAGUGUUUCAUGGAGACGGCUCUGCCCAGACCUCAUAUCUACAAGAAUAGAUGAGGCUUUGGCAGCCCGUUACUACAUUCUCCAUCAAAUUGGACCCACAGGAAUUGUCCUCAAGGGAGAGCAAAGUAGUAAGAAGAUCAAAGUGUUUCUUGGAGAUCCAAACAUGUGCUCUUGCUCAGAGUUCAAGAAGAAUCAUGAACUUUGUCAUCACAUACUUUGGGUUAUGCUGAAGAAGUUUCGUGUGCCUCGCACCAAUCCUCUAAUCUGGCAGCAAGCACUCAUCGAGAGGGAGAUCAAUGAGAUCAUACUCGGCUACCUUCGUAGACAACCAGCCGACCAAUCAAAAUCUUCAAUUCAGUCACAUGACCACACGAAAAUGGUGACACAGCGUCAGAUCGAACCUGGAGAUGUGUGUCCAAUAUGCCAGGACAACCUCCUGGAUUCAACACAGUCUAUUGUCUAUUGUCAAUUUGGUUGUGGACAAAACAUCCACACAAAAUGUAUGAAGAUAAUGGCAGACAAUCAACGGUCUGUGUCAGGGGAGAGGAUUUUACGGUGUCCGUUAUGUCGAGAGGAGUUUGGACCAAUACAGCCUGUUACAUCAAAAUCUGCUAAGAGGUUGCUGGUGGAGAAAACAUCGCUCCAUUUAGGAGUGACGUGUUCUCAUUGUUGUGUGUGUCCAGUCCCUGGAAAGUGCUACCGAUGUGUGACAUGUAUUAGCUACCAUCUAUGUCAUGACUGCUUCUCAAGCAAUCAAGUGCAUCUUCUGCACUCGUUCCAGAUGAGAAAGUCCCCCUCCCAGCACUCCGACCAGCCAUGGAGACCGGCCACUCGCUUCACCAAUCACCCUCCUGCUGAACCCUCAGCACUCCCCUCACAACUAUUAUCUUCUCUACAGAGCCGCUCCCUAACUGAAAACGAUUACGAGGUCCUCCUCCAGUUGGACCUCCCCUCAGCCAAUCACGCUACUUCUCCAAGUGGUCGCAGGAGUAUUGGUGUUUCGGAUAGAGUAGUAAACUCUCUCCAUGUGGAGCCAUUGGAUGGAGACCACCCCCUGAUUGUGGGCAGGACCAACUGUCAGAUUUGUGCUAGGGACUACAGCAGAGGGGACUGGAUCAGAAAACUACCUUGCAAACACCAGUUUCACCGUGAGUGUCUGCAAGAGUGGUUGCGUACAAACUCUGUGUGUCCUAUCGAUGGCAAGUCAGUGUACACUCGGCCCCCUCGUAAUAGGAGGCUGUCCCAUCAGACUAGACAGUCCACACAAGGGCACGAAAUGAUUCCUCUCACUAGGGCGAUGGUUAGGGGACCAGCGACAGUAGGUCAGAGGUUAAAAUGUGGACUCAAGGGUCACUCGGUGGACAAGAAAGAAGAUGUAGCUUUCACUGUAUCAGGUCAGGGGAUCAGUGGAGGGAGGAGAGUACAUACAUUGAGGAAGCCUCAGAGGCCAGUACAGGACUGUGAAACUGGCUCCUCUUUUCAGGGGCGUAGCUCUUCCAGUGAGGAUACCACCCUCCCUCACAUCUCCAAUAAUAUUGCCGUGACCAGACAACUCAAGAAGCAAAAGAUACUAUUAACCAGGUCCAAACGAUCAUCAGGUGUGUCUAUUUCAUCGGUGGAUGGCCCCUCGACCCUGGAGCCAAGAACCGCACUACUAUCACCUGUGAUCAGUGGAUGCACUCUGAAAGGAUCUAGCACUCGAGUUGAUUGCAUGAUGUCACAAUACCCAGCUGAGCGAAGAGGGAGCUCGCAAGAGUACAUGCGUGUCAAUCAGAGUCCUCUGCAUUUGAGUCAAGAGAAGAGUGGGGUUGAAGAACGUAGGACUGUGUCGCUGCCCUCACUGGGCGGGGCACAUAUGAGAAUAAACGGUGGAAUGGGAGGGGGUACAAUUGUCAAGGGCUCUCUGGCACACCAUAAGAGAAACAAAGCUUCCUCAAUACAAGUCCUAGAAACAAGCCUUCAAGUGGCAGGCUUCAAACAGUAUCAGCAGGACAUUUACCCUAAUCGUAAACAAUGUAUAGAUGCAUUCACUUCACUACAAUAAUAAUAGUCCCACAAAACAUUG